AUGAGCGCACAGGAGGUCGCAUACGAUGUCUUCCAGUCAAUAGAAGAUAAUAUUGGCUGGGGGCUUGACUUGGAAAGGGAUAAACCGUUCACCGGCCAGUGCACCCAUACAUGCGAUAGAGAAAAAAUUCAUGAAACAGGCUAUUCGUGGACAUCUGCCGCUUGGUCUAAUCCACAGGACCAGGAACUGGAUUAUGAAAAAUAUAUGAGUAAUUGGCUCCCAGAUGGACCUUUCGUUGUGUACACAAAGUCCAGUUCCCAUGUAUUCCAGACAUACGCCGGCGGUAUACUAGACAGCCGUGAGUGCAAUACUACCUCUGCUACUUUGGAUCACAGCCUACUUCUGGUGGGAGAGGGUGUCGACAAUGGGACCGACUAUUGGAUCGCCAGAAAUAAUUACGGUGAGGGUUGGGGUGAAAAGGGUUACAUACGUCUGGGUAAAGGCAAAAAUGUGUGCGGGAUCGGUUUGGGACUUGUGGUCGUUAAUUAA